CAACAUGACGAUUCGGGACAACCGGCCAAUACUGCGAGCGCGCACGUUAUCCGCGAGACUCCCACCAGCACAUCAGUGGCAUGGAACGCUUUCUCGCGCCCCAACAAUAGAGUGUGAUCUUCACCGGACCAAGUUUAAUGCCAAUUUCACCAGCAUACACCCCGAGAUUCCCUUUGGAAAAAAGGUGCCUGGAUUCGUCUCCGCCGCCGCCUCUUCCAACAGGAGUACAUUUGAUAUCAGAGACAGGACAAUCAUGGAUCCGACCCGGGGAUUUAAAUUCUUGGACACAGUGGCACGCUCUGCUGCUCAGUAAGGAUGGAAAGAAAAUAAGAGGAAUUUUGACAAACGUAUCAGGUAGUGGUGUUGCAGCAGAAGGAUGCCGCUGGUGAAGCGCACCAUCGAGCCCAGGCACCUGUGCCACACGGUUCUGCCAAGGAACAUCAAGAAUGAACUGGAGUGUGUGACUAACAUCUCCUUGGCCAACGUCAUACGCCAGCUCAGCAGCCUCAGUAAAUAUGCAGAAGACCUGUUUGGAGAGCUGUUCAACGAGGCACACACCUUCUCUUUCCGGGUCAACUCCCUGCAGGAACGCGUGGACCGCCUCUCCAUAAGUGUCACACAGUUGGACCCCAAAGAAGAAGAACUGUCUCUUCAGGACAUCACCAUGAGGAAGGCUUUCAGGAGUUCCACAAUUCAAGACCAGCAGCUGUUUGACCGCAAGUCGCUGCCCAUCCCUCUGCAGGAGACCUUCCAGACGUGCGAGCAGCCGCCACCUCUCAACAUCCUCACGCCCUACAGGGACGAUGGGAAGGAGGGUCUGAAGUUCUACACCAAUCCAUCCUACUUCUUUGACCUGUGGAGAGAGAAGAUGCUGCAGGACACAGAGGACAAGAGGAAGGAGAGGCGGAAACAGAAGUUGCAGGACCCCCGCAUGUAUGAUCAGGUCUAUAGGUACUUAGACCUUCCAGGGCAGCUGAAGGCGAUAGACCGUCCGCAGGAGCCCGAGAAGGUGCCGCGGGCGCCUCACGAUCGUAAAAAGGAGUGGCAGAAGCUGGCACUGGGGGCAGAGCUCGCCCAGGACAUAUCUGACGACAAACACAGAGAGGCCAACGGAUCUGCAGGCUACCACGACAACAGGGCUCCCUCGUACAUGGAACAUUUGGACGGGCCCUUCUCGCUGGCGGCGCUGCCCUACAGCCAGAUGAACGAGCUGCUGAACCGUACCGGGGACAGAAUGUAUUCACGGCCCCACGAUCCUCCACCUCCUCCACCUCUCAUGCACCCACUGGGAGAGAUCAAGCCACCCUCUGUGAUCAGUUCCAGUUCAGGUUUUUCCGACAGCAGACCCCAGUCCCCAGCCCGGACAGCAGGCCUCAACUCCAACACUCCUCCUCCACCGCCUCCUCCUCUUCCCCCUCCACCUCCCCCGUUACCCUCCACAGGCCUGCGGGGCACCCCUCCUCCUCCCAUUCCUCCUCUACCACUCCAGCAGCAGGCCCCAGCCAUCCCGCCUCCUCCCGCUCCUCUCCAGAUCGCCCCCGGCGUGCUCCACCCGGCCCCUCCACCCAUUGCGCCUCCCCUCCACUCCUCCUCCCCAGCCCGUCUCCAGCAGGUCCUGGACAGGGGCCCAACCAUGGGCUCUGGGACCCAGUCGGAUGGCACCAUCCUGCCUCCUCCCCCGCCGCCUCCUCCUCUGCCCCUCCCCGGAGCGCGGAGCUCCUCGCCUUGUCUGUCAGGCCCGCCGCCUUUGCCAGCCUUCCCCUCAGCAGGAGCCAUGGCCUCCCCACCGCCCCACACCAUCCACGAUAUGGGGUCCAAGAGGCACCAUCCAGCCAAUCUGCCACCCAUCAGCGAUGCACGCAGUGUUCUGUUGGAAGCCAUCAGAAAAGGCAUACAGCUACGCAAAGUGGAGGAGCAGCGAGAGCAAGAGGCUAAGCACGAGCGCGUUGGCAAUGACGUGGCCACCAUCCUGUCACGGCGCAUUGCUGUCGAGUACUCCGACUCCGAGGACGAGUCCGAGUUUGAUGAAGGAGACUGGAUGGAGUGAUGGCAAUCAGAGAGAUAGGGGGGGGAAACGCAGCGUUGGCGGCAGAGGAUGAACGUGUUCAGGUGCCCACCCCCCCCAACCCACACAGAGUCCUUUGUACUCUGGAAAGAAGUGGAAUAUUGUUGUUGCCCAGUUGUCCUCUGUCAAGCUUUUUUUUUUACCUCCCCGUAUCUCUGUCUUGUUGUGGGUGUGUUAGGAGGAGAAUCUCCACGUUGCCCUUGUCUGUCUCUCUAGUGUUCCAAGAGAAGUUUUUUGCGUUCAUCCUUUUCUGCACUACCACACGACCUUGUUUACUAUCGUCAUACAUGAAGAUAACUUUUUUUUGAAGAACAACUUGUUUUUAUUUCGUAUUUGUAUGUCAAUCUUUAAAAAAAAAAAUGAAAAUGAGAAAAUAGAAAAGGACAAAAUGAAGGCAUGUUGCAUUUAUCCUUAGUUCUCAGCACCAUUUUGCCACCUGGUGGCUGAACAUGGCAUUGAAUGAAUGCUGUUAUCUUUUAUUUACCUUUUUUCUGAUGAAACAUUUGUGGUUUUAACGGGCCAGUAGUUGCUGAUACUGACCACUACAUGAACAGUCACUCAGUGUGAACACCAGCUGGGUUGUUUUCUCUCUUGUUAUCAGGACUGACUUUACCGCUUAGAACAAGCAAAAGAUUGUGUUGAUGAUUGCUAUAUGGUUGGAAAAUGAAGGAGCAGAAGCACACGCCUGCUUCGGCGCACGUGUGCAUAUCCAUCCACUUGCAUCUAACUUGUACCCCCACGGAAAUGUAUGCCAAGAGAUUGAGCUUUUCUGUCUGUCCAGGUUCUAAAGGAGCCACAUGUGCUCAUGUUGACAUCAGGCAAUGUCGAAGAUAAACACUGAGCCAUUGGUUUUUAGUAUAUGGAGCUCCCAUCCUUUUCUCAAGUUCUUUGCCAUAGAAAUGGACACUGGAAGUGAUUUAGAUGCUGUAGAUUUACAUCAGAUUUCCUGCCUCUCUUAUUGUCCCAGGUGAAUAUUCAGUGUGCCGAUGAAAAUCUUGAAUUUUGAGAAGGUGUGAUUAUGAGAGUCUGACCAACACCAGGUACAAACCACUCAAUACCACUGAAGGCAGCUUUUCACUCAGAUUACCCUUUAUUGUGUACCUGCCCACUAACGAGAAGCCUUACCCUCGUUUGGUUCUACAGAAUUUCAAAAUAAAACAUUUUGUGUGAUACUGCCUUUCAGGAAUGAAAGAGAAGGAUACAUUAUGCCUUGUUUUGGCUCAUUUCAAAGAAAAUGUCUGCCAUCCUUUUCCAUUUGUUCUUUCUUCUACUUGCCUUAUUGUUCGUACAAAACGUAUCGUUGAGUUCAUGAAUGUAUUGUGCUGUUACUACUUACUUGCCUGCGCUUGUAUGGAUUUGCUGUUUCUAUGUUUGGGAGGGGGGAGAAGGGGCGAGGGAGGACAGAAACCCUGGUUUAAAAAAAAAAAAGAAAAAGAUUAGAUCAAUACUGUAUACCAUGUAACUUAUGUAACUGUUGACUGUAACAGUUUGCUUGAAUUAAUAAAAAUCUAAUGUUA